AUGGUAUAUUUGAAAGGUGAAAAAAUCAGUAAAUGUGUCCAAUCGUGCCGUGUCCAAUACUACGUGUCCAAUCGAGCGGUGUCCAAUCGUUCCGUGUCCAAACGGGAUACGCCCGGGGACGGCAACCUCCUUGCUACUGCUAAUGUUCUUAAUAAAUCGACGUCUUCAAGUGAGUCUAACCUCCCAAAAAGAAAGCGCACCGCGGACCAAACCGGUUCAAAUUUGCAUUCUGUUACAGAAUCUGCCUCUGGCUCUAAAGCCAAAAAAUCAUCUAAUAUUACAUCUCUUAACGAUGCUCUGUUGGCAAAUAGAACAUCUAGACAAGGUAUCAUCAGGAAUAUCCCUCUCGAAUUCACGGAAGAGGAAAUCAAAAAAGAAAUCGUUUGCCCAUAUGACAUAGUCAAUGUCAGGAGACUUAACAGAAGAUCUUCGACUUUAUCUGACUCUGGGUUAGGAUCAGUGAAUUAUAUACCAUCCAAAACGGUCUGUAUCGCAUUCAAGGGACAGGUUCUUCCUAAAUACAUUUUCUUCUGCAUGGUAAGGUAUGAUGUCACUCCUUUUAUCUCUAAAAUUUCUAUUUGCUCUUCAUGCCUUCGCUAUGGCCACACAAGCACACAAUGCAAGGGACAUCUUCGAUGUUCUCAUUGUGCUGAACGCUCUCACGAAGAGGGCUCUUCUUGUCCAAAAAUAAACUCACCUCCCUCUCAUUGAUGCCAAAAGACACAUCCGUAGCAAUAACUCUGGUCUAAAGACUAACCCGCAAUUUGACUUCUCUAACUUUCCUGUACUAAAUGAACCUUCUUCUCCAUACUCCCCAUCCUUCUCCCCGAAUAUUGCAACCUCACCUUCCACUUCCUUCCCCUUCUCCUUUGCCGAUACU